AUGAUUCAGAAUUGGGUGUGUGAAUGGGUUUGGUUUAUGGGUUUAGGAUGCGGGCAGUGGAUAGAUAGAUAUAUUUGUUGGAAUCGAAUAAGAAGUGAGCAGGAGUGGCGAGAACAGAAAAUGACCCAGCUUAUGGCACAGCCACCACAUGCUCCUGAACUUAAUGAGGUUGGUGUUUAUUGCUGCUUGGCUUUGAAUUCGUAUCGGAGUUUACUUCGAUGCACUGAUUCGGAGAGUGUCUCGGGUUAUUAUUUGCGUUUGGUUUCGGGUUAUUUUUCGGGUUAG